UAAGAAUGUCAUCUCCGAAUUUCAACAACAUUACUGUCAUUGGAUGUAUGUUGGCUUACUUGGAAGUAUUUUUAUCGGCCCACGGUAGUUCUGGUUCAGCGGAACACUUGAACCAUGCUUUCCUUUGCAAUGUUACUGCCUGGCUUCUGACCACCAGUUUUACCUUCGCCUUUGGUGGCAUUUUUGUUAAAACCUGGAGAGUUUACAAAAUAUUUACCAACUAUCAAUUGAAAAAGGAGAUCCGCAAUUUGAGUAGUACUAGUCUUCUCGCAGUACUGAUGGCCGGUUGGUUUAUAGACGUCAUCUUCCUGUCAACUUGGACAUCUAUUGACCCAUUGACGACGAAAUUCGUGAACAUUUUCAAAACGGUUGACAAUAAUGACCCUGACCUCGUGGAGGAACUGUUAACCCGUCAGUGUACUUCUCACCAUUAUAAUACCUGGGUGAUGUCUUUGUGCGGACUGAAAGGGAUACUGCUAAUUUUCGGGGUGUUUUUGGCCUGGGAAACCAGAAACGUGCAUUAUCCUUCGCUCAACGAUUCGAAGAGCAUUGGCUUAGCAGUGUACAACAUGUUCAUGUUUUCUUGCUUGGCGAUUGUGGUUGGGUUUGUGGUUUAUCCUCCCCUUGAGACUCUGGUUCAAAGAUCGAUCGUGUUCGUGGCAGCCACGUCGACAGUUGCCCUACUCUUUAUCCCAAAGGUAAAGGUUUACAUGGCCCCCUCUGCGUCUGCAUAAGUCUCACGUGACUGAACAAGUCAUGUAACUGAUAACUUGUAAUAGACAAUAUGGAUAUGAUUCAGUGAAAUGUAUGAGAUUCACAAAUUUUUGACACUGCUGAUAGUAAGAUACAAGAUGUCAUAGUUACUGAUAUGUUAAAGAAAUGGACACGAGCUUAAAAGAAGAAGUCUUAAGGUGGCAAGCUUCGCCCUCUAAAAGAUUGUCUCAGUGGGGUUAACCGAUAGCCGUAAGACAGCCAAAAAAUUUAGACGUUAGGCGUAAAAACUGUUAAAUUAAGUCGUGAGAAAAGUUAAUCAAAAAUGAAAUUCUGGUGACCACAAUGGACAGAUACCAUUAAAAAAUGCACUGGGCUCAA